AUGUUCCCGGCACAGCUGACCUUGCACUUUGAUCCUACAUUGGACCCCUCUCUGCCACCUCCACUGGAUGAGAGAUCUGGGGGCCAGGAGUGCUCCAGGGCCCCCCUCGUACCACAGAAGAGCUGCAGGAACGGCCACAGCCUGACGACCCUACACAACCAGGGUGUGCUGAAGAGCCACGGUGUGGACCACCUCAGCUUGAGUGAGCUCUGCCAGCUCCUGUUCCAGAAUGACCCCUGGCUGCUGCCUGAGAUCUGCCUCCAUUAUAACAAAGGAGAUGGGCCCCACGGUUCCUGCACCUUCAAGACACAUUGCACCAAACUCCACAUCUGCCAGUACUUCUUACAGCAUGAGUGCAAGUUUGGCGUGAGCUGCAAGCGAUCGCACGACUUCUCCAGCUCCGAGACGCUGGAGAAGCUGCAGAAGCUAGGCAUGAGCCCCAGUGUGGUGCGCAGGCUGCCCGCCAUCUACAGGAAUGCACACGACAUCAAGAACCAGCGCUCCACCCCAGACACACCGCUCGCGGGCCCCCGGACGACCGCUGAGAGAAGAGAGGCUUCAGGUCCUGGGUCCCCAGAUACCACCAGCCAAGAGGAGAGCAACCAGAUCUGCCUGUACCACAUCCGGAAGAGCUGUAGCUUCAAAGACAAGUGCCACCGAGUCCAUUUCCACCUGCCGUAUCGCUGGCAACGCUUGGCCGGAGGGACAUGGGAGGAUUUGGACCAGAUGGAGUGUAUUGAAGAGGCGUACAGUGACCCCGGCAGAGACCAGUAUCUGGCCAAUAAAUCUACCUCUGAUUGCCUGGACUUCGACUCCAUGACAGUCGGUGCCUUCCCGGUUCGCCGCCUUUCCACGGCCUCCUCAGUCACCAAGCCCCCACACUUCAUCCUCACCACUGACUGGGUGUGGUACUGGAGGGACGAGGAUGGUUCUUGGCAGGAAUAUGGAAGACAGGGCACAAACCCCAUGGCCACGGUCAGCAGCCCUGACUUGGAGAAGGCCUACCUGGCAUACUGCACUCCAGGCACCAAUGCCCAGGCGGCCACUCUGAAGUUCAAGGCUGGAAAGCACGAGUACCAGUUAGAUUUCAAAGCCUUUGUUCAGAAAAACCUGCACUACAGCACCGUCAGGAAGAUUUGCCGGAGACCCAAAUACGUGUCCCCCCAGGACGUGAAGAUGAAGCAAACCUGCAAUGCCAAGUUUCAAGGCCCAAGGAGCAUCCCAGACCACUGGGACCCCUCUGCGCUGCCAGACCUGGGAUUUAAGAGGGUCGCCCUCAGCCCGUCCUCGGACGAGUACCAGAAGGUCUGUGAGCUCUUCAGCCGCACGGUAACCUUCAUCAUUGAGAAGAUUGAGCGCGUGCAGAACCUGGCCCUCUGGGAAGUCUACCAGUGGCAGAAGUCUCAGAUGCAGAAGAAGCAAGGAGGCACAGCCGUGGACGAGAGACAGCUUUUCCACGGCACCAGCGCCUGCUUCGUCGACGCCAUCUGCCAGCAGAACUUUGACUGGCGCAUCUGUGGGCUUCACGGUACCUCUUACGGCAAAGGAAGCUACUUUGCCCGUGAUGCUGCGUACUCCCACCACUACAGCGAGGCCUCCGCACAGUCCCACAUGAUGUUCCUGGCUCGGGUGCUGGUGGGCGAGUUCGUGCGUGGCUCUUCUACCUUUGUCCGCCCUCCGGCCAAGGAGGGCCAGAGUUCUGUCUUCUACGACAGCUGCGUGAACAGCAUGUCCAACCCAUCCAUCUUUGUGGUCUUUGAGAAGCACCAGGUCUACCCUGAGUACCUCAUCCAGUACACGACCAGUGCCAGGCCUGCAACCGCGGCCAAGGCCACCAUGGCCACAGCCCCUGCCUUGGCCAUGGCCCCUAUCAGGGCCCAGCCACUCGGGAACCUCUGGGGGUGGUUCAGCCGCUGA